CAAAACAAGAGAGUGGGAGAGAGAGAGAGAGGGUUGAAGGAGUAUGGUUGGAUGACAGAGAGAGGGUAAAGGCAGGGGUUAAGCAGUUGGUACAUCUAGUAACUUUAGACCCUUGGAUGAUGUACCAGUCAUAGAGGAUAACCCAGAAGACAAGAACACAGGGAAGAGAUAUGAAUGAGAAAUAACGGAGAAGCUCACAUACCGAGACGACACGAAGACAGAGGGGGAAAAGACUAUUGUUCAAAGAGGUCAGAACGAGAGAAAGAGAGAGAAAGAGAGCGAGCGAGACAGAGAGAGAGAGAGAGAGAGAGAGACAGAGAGAGACAGAGAAAACGAGAGAGAAAGAGAGCGAGUGAGACAGAGAGAGAGACAGAGAGAGACAGAGAAAAAGAGAGAGAAAGAGAGCGAGCGAGACAGAGAGAGAGAGACAGAGAGAGACAGCGAGAGAGAGAGAACAGAGAACAGAGUGUGGACAUUGACUCCAUGGGGACUCCAUUCUCUACUGCGUCAGUAGAACAGAAGGAGUGAAAACCAACAGACUGACACUCUCUGCUUCGCUCAACACGAUCCUCCACACACUUCUCCUUUCACCCCUCCAGCCAUCCAUCUAUCUAUCCGUCAAACCGGUGAGGAAGAGGAGGAGAGAUGAAGAGACCUUAUGAUGACUAUAGCUCUCCAGACUCUGAUGACAUGGACAAGCUGAUCGAUGUGGGACAGGAAGACGGCUUCUGUCCAGUCACUGGGUCCAUGUCCCCAGUUAGCACCUCCCAGAUUCUGGCCCGGAAGAAGAGAAGAGGGAUCAUAGAGAAGAGACGCAGAGACAGGAUCAACCACAGUCUGUCAGAGCUUAGAAGACUGGUGCCAAGUGCUUUUGAGAAGCAGGGCUCGUCUAAACUGGAAAAGGCGGAGAUUCUGCAGAUGACGGUGGACCACCUUAAGCUGCUGCAUGCCAUCGGGGGCAAAGGGUACCUUGAUGCGCAGGUCCUGGCUGUGGACUAUAGGACCCUGGGAUUCAGACAGUGUGUAGGAGAGGUGGUUCGGUACCUGGGCUCUUUAGAAGGAGGGGUGGACUCCCCGGACCCUAUCGGAGCCCGCCUGGUCUCCCACCUCUCCCACUGCGCCAGCCAGCUGGACCCUCUUCUCCUUCAGUUGCCCCCCACCUCCUCCUCCCUCCCUUUUCCUCCCUGGCCGUGGAUCUCCUCCUAUCACCAGAUGUCACCUGUCUCGUCUCCCCACUCUCCAUCUUUCUCCGCGAGGCGGAGGGAGCUGGCACGCCUGGGGGGUGGGGGUUAUCCAUCCCGCUCAGCUGACACCCUGCGUCUCGCCCCCCUGGUGGGCCAACAGGGGUCUCUACUCGCCCCUGCCCAUGUGCCCUCUCUCCCCUCUCCUUCCUCCCCUACCCUCACCCCCUCCCCCACUCACAGACUCAUUCAGCAGUCCCCCGGAGCCUCACCCCUCCUCACCAUCCCCUCCUCUUCUUCUUCCGCCUCUUCCUCUGCUCCUCCACGAGUCUCCUUCAGACCUUUUGCCCCUAUGGGGUCUCCCACGGGUCAGCGCAGGGGUAUGGGUGGCUCUGCCAAGGCUCCAAAGACCUGGGGGACUGAGAUAGGAGCCUUCUGAUCCAGAACCUGUCAACAUGGCGUACAAUGUAGAGGUUGCCCAACUAAACCUACCUUUUAACCAUCAGAUCUAGGAUCAGAUUACCUUAUCCCUAAAUAUAGCCUUAACCACAGAUCUAGGAUCAGAUUACCUUACCCCUUAACCACACUUAACCACAGAUCUAGGAUCAGAUGACCUUGCCCCUAAACCUACCUUUAAACCUUCAGAUCUAGGAUCAGAUGACCUUCCCCCUAAACCUGCCUUUAAACCUUCAGAUCUAGGA